GCCGCGCUGGGCUCCAUGACGCUGUGCCGCGCGCUUGUGCAGGCGCUGUGCUACCCGCUCGCGAUGUGGGCCGCGGCGCGCUUCGACCGCGCCCGCGUCGUCGCCGCGGGGACCUUCCUCUGCGCCGCGGCCACCGCGCUCGUCGGCGCCUCCAGCACGGUCCUCCAGAUGGCGGUCGCGAGGGGCUUCAACGGCGUCGGCAUGGCGCUCGUCCUGCCCGCGGUCUACUCCCUGGUCGCCGACUACAGCGACGACGACACGCGCGGCUCCACGUUCGGGUGGGUGUUCAUGGUGCUCGGCGUGGGCAGCGCGAUGGGGAACUCGAUGGGCGUCCUGCUUGCACCCAAUGCCUUCUUCGGCGUCCCUGGCUGGCGCCUGGCCUUCCACGCCCUCGCGCUCGUCAGCGUCGCAAUCGCCGUCGCGACGUGGCUGCUCGCCGCCGACUCCAGGCCUGGAACGCGGAACACCAAGGCCGCGCCCGCCGUCGCGGAGCUCGCCCGGGAAGCCAAGGCCGUGGUGAGCGUGCCCACGUUCUGGAUCAUUGUGGCGCAGGGGGCAGCCGCGCAGGUGCCGUGGUUGGCACUAACGUUCAUGGCCAUGUGGCUGGAGCUCGAGGGUUUCACGCACUGGGAGACCACAGUGAUCACCAGCCUCAACUGCUUCUCCAACGGGCUCGGUGCGCUGCUCGCGGGGUUCGCCGGGGACCUCGCGGCGCGGCGCUUCCCCGACGCGGGCCGGGUCGCGCUCGCGCAGGCGUCCAACGCGUCCAUCGUCCCGCUGGCCGCCCUCCUGCUGCUGCCUGCGCGCCCCGGCUGGCCGCUGGCGGGCGCCGUGUACGCCGGCGGGUUCUUUCUCUUGGGCGUCGCUAUGGCCUGGAGCACGGUUUCCACCAGCAGCCCUAUCUUGGCAGAGAUCGUGCCGGAGAAGGCGAGGACGGCCGCGUACGCGCUGGACCUGUGCCUGGAGAACGUGGUCGCGUCGUUCGGGGCGCCCGUCGUGGGCAUCCUGGCGGAGCGCGUCUUCGGGUACCGGCCGCGGGCAGCGUCCGGCGGCGCGAGCGCCCAGGCCGCCGACCGACGGAACGCGGCCGCUCUGGGGAAGGCGAUCUUCGCGGAGAUCGCCGUGCCGGCGACCAUCUGCUGCGUCGCGUACUCGGCGCUGUACUGGACAUACCCCGCGGACAGGAAGCGCGCGCGGAUGGCGGCCGACGCCCUGGCCCUGCAGGAGGCGCCGGGUGACAAGAAGAACUACGGCUGCGAAGCAAGUGAGGCUGCUGCUGAUGGCUUCAAGCAGCCCUUGCUAUCUGUAACCGUGACAGAGUAGCAGCCCUUCCUAGACGGCCUCAUGAGGAAGAUGUUUGGAAUUUAGCCCUAAAAAGGUCUAAGGGGGUGUUUGAUACUCCGCACUAAACUUUACUUCCUAUCGUAUCGGAUAUUUAGACGCUAA